AUGUCACCAGAAGUCAAACUGAAGACUCACGAUGGCCUGUCCUGUCCUCAGCAUCUGAUGAAUGCACAGUCUUCUGCACCUAAAGUUUCUGAUAUUGACAAGGUCCUUGCUCCUUCCACCUUUGACUCCACGACAAACAACAUGUGCUCUACCGGAUGUUGCUCUACCGGAUGCUGCUCCAUCGUGAAGAGCAAAACGGUCUGCUGCAGCCAGCCGUGCCAGAAGACCAUCUGCUGCAGCCCAUGCCAGAAGAAGACCAUCUGCUGCAGCCCAUGCCAGAAGACGACCGUCUGCUGCAGCCCAUGCCAGCAGUCCUGCUGCUGCGACCCAUGCCAGAAGCCCUGCUGUGAUCCGUGCCAGCAGUCUGUCUGCUGUGACCCAUGCCAGCAGUCCUGCAGUGACCCAUGCCAGCAGGCCUGCAGUGACCCGUGCCAGCAGUCCUGCAGUGACCCAUGCCAGCAGGCCUGCAGUGACCCGUGCCAGCAGUCCUGCAGUGACCCAUGCCAGCAGGCCUGCAGUGACCCGUGCCAGCAGUCCUGCUGCUGCGACCCAUGCCAGAAGCCCUGCUGUGAUCCGUGCCAGCAGUCUGUCUGCUGUGACCCAUGCCAGAAGCCCUGCUGUGAUCCGUGCCAGCAGUCUGUCUGCUGUGACCCAUGCCAGCAGUCCUGCAGUGACCCAUGCCAGCAGUCCUGCAGUGACCCGUGCCAGCAGUCCUGCUGUGACACAUGCCAGCAGUCCUGCAGUGACCCGUGCCAGCAGUCCUGCAGUGACCCAUGCCAGCAGUCCUGCUGUGACCCAUGCCAGCAGUCUUGCAGUGACCCGUGCCAGCAGUCCUGCAGUGACCCGUGCCAGCAGUCCUGCAGUGACCCAUGCCAGCAGUCCUGCUGUGACCCGUGCCAGCAGCCCAUCUGCUGCACCAAGGUGUGCCAGAAGUCCUGCUGCACCUGUGGCCAACGAACCUGCUGCUGCUGCGGCUGCCCUGGAAGUCUGUCCUGCUGCUCCUACACGGUGAAGAAGAAGCCCGUUGUGGUGUGUUGCAGCCCCGUGCAAUACUGUUCUCCCUUGAGGAAGUAUUGCAUACCCAUCCAGAGGUGCUGCGCCGCAAUCAAGAAGUCCUGCUGA